UCCAUGGAAAUUUCCACUUCGAAGAGACGCAAAAACUCUUCUCAAGUAAAAAAAUAUUUUACGAGACGGUACGUGCUGUCUGCUCUCUGGAAUGAAUCUGGACCUUUAACGUAUGAAAAUUUCAGCCACUUUUAGUCGUAAGUUAAAAGCUUAAUCUUUAUUCCUUCCUCGCAAAUUUUUAGAGGAGCUCUUUGGUUGAUCGUCCAACUGUGCUGAAGGAAUCAGGUUGCUCGGAAAGUUGAAUAUGGGUGGACACGCUCUUCUGAUUCCCCUUCCUUACCAGGGCCACAUAAAUCCCAUGAUGCAGCUCGCCUGGAAGCUCGUCUCCGAUGGUUUCCUCGUUACCUUCCUCAACACCGAUUUCAAUCACAACCGCAUUAUGCAAGCCAAGAGUAGAAACUGGGACGGCAUCCGAAUGAUAUCCAUUCCUGAUGGAUUACCGCCAGAUGACAAACGCACCAACAUUCCAAAUCUAAUGGAAGCAUUAGAUAACAGCAUGGCACCUUCCGUGAUUAUGAGGCUUAUCGACGUGAUAAACGAGAGGGAAGAAGAGCACAAGGUCACCGGUAUAAUAAUAGAUGUAAUUAUAUGCUCUGGGUUGAAGGCGGUAGCCGAUUUCUAUCAGAUUCCUCUCUUUGCUUUCCACACAUCGCUUGUCGCCAACUGUGCUAUCCGCUACUUCAUUCCGAAGCUCCUCUCUCUUGGGAUCCUUGGUCACGAUGGAGCUCCCAAAGAAGAGAAGAAGAUAACGUAUAUUCCGUCCAUGCCGCCUCUGCGUUCUGGAGAUCUUCCAUGGCUGUUCGGUGGUGGGGAGAAGAUGUUUAAGAGAUGCAUCCGGAUGGGAGAAAGUUUAAAGCAGAUCAAGGGGGUCCUCGCCAACUCCUUUUACGAGCUUGACGGUCCAGUGGUGGAAGAGUUAUCCAGAGAGGUGGAAGUGUACCCAAUUGGUCCUCUGAUUCCUUGCGAAUUUCUGGAGGGCGAUAAGAGGAGUACGAGUAAGGCCCCCCCAAGCUUCUGGGCAGAUGAUGUGGAAUGUCUAGAAUGGUUAGACAAACAGUCUACCCAAUCUGUGAUCUAUGUGUCGUUUGGAAGCGUCGCAGUGUGGAGCCAAAUCCAAGUGGAGGAGUUCGCAGCGGGGUUAGAGGCUACCCAGAGACCAUUUCUGUGGGUUGUUCGGUCGGAUCUAAUGGAGGGCAGCAAGCCCACUUUUCCGCAGGGAUUUAUGGAACGGGUGAGAGAGAGGAGCUGCAUAGUUUCUUGGGCGCCACAGUUACAGGUGUUAUCUCAUCCUUCCAUAGCUUGCUUUGUGACACACUGUGGAUGGAACUCUGUACAGGAGAGCAUCACCAUGGGCGUGCCCAUGCUCUGCUCGCCUUAUUUCGUAGAUCAGUUUCUUAACCGCACAUAUAUUGUGGAUGUCUGGAAGAUUGGACUACCUCUGGAGUCGAAUAAGGAUGGAAUAAUAGAGAAGGGGGAGAUUGCUAGAGCCGUUGACAGAUUGCUGGUGGGAGAAGAUGGCGCAGAGAUAAGCAAGCACGCCACCAAAUUAAUGAGAACCAGUAGAGAUACGGUGAAGGAAGGAGGUUCCUCAUUCAACAACUACAGUAUAUUUCUUCACCAGAUGAAGAAACAACUUGUUGACUGACAGAUGUCUGGCUGACAGAUGUCUGGCUGUGACAGUGAAUAUUGAUCAAUAUAUUCUCAUUUCUCAUUCUUUAUUUUAGACGAACAAGCAUGAAAUAAUUAAUUUCUAUUAGCUGGCAUGUGGGAAAUGACCAAAAUGGAAUCGCACCCCUGCAAAUGGUUUAGCAUUAAGAAUAAAAUAGUGUAAUAAUAUGUUUUUUA